AAAAAGCUGCGGAGCGGAGAAAGGAGGAGUGGAGCCGCCGGCGACCUCACCCCACCGCCCCGUCUCCGACAGCCACCCACCGGCGAUUCGAGCUGUGGGGAGAUAGGUGCUUCUAAUGGAUGCUGCUGCUGAGGUUCCCCAAGGCCAAGGGGCCGAUCCCAUUCCCAGCUCGCCGCGUGUGGACCGGAAGAGGCGGCGCCGUACUGUGCCGCUGGCCGGCCCGGUGUCCAAGGUGCUUGGCUACGACAACCUCCUCAUCGAGAUCCUCGUCCGCCUCCCUCCGAAGCCGUCCUCGCUCCCCCGUGCGUCUGUCGUAUGCAAGCGCUGGGGCAGCAUCCUCUCCGACCCCCAGUUCCUCAAACGCUUCCGCGAGCACCACAGGAAACCUCCUCUGCUCGGCUUCUUCAGAGGGUAUGCUAAAAACUUCAUUCCUGCCAUGGACUCACCUGACCGCAUCCCUGCUGCCCGCUUCUCCCUGCCCAAGAGCAGCAUACCCUACCACACCGAUGAAGCAUACAUGGGCUGCCGCCAUGGCCUCUCUCUCUUAAUCAACAUUCAUAAGCGCGAGACCGUCGUGUGGGAUCCCCUCACCGGUGAAGAGCGCAUCGUGGCUUUUCCACCAGGGUUCAACAGUACCUUAAUGUGGAGUUACAGUGGCUGGCAUGGCACUGUAUUGUGCGUCAAUGCUGAAGAUGGGCAUGUCCACGGAGAUUGCUUCUCGAGCCCGUUUAAAUUGGUUUUGGUCUGCGCUGAGUACAAUACACCGGCAGUUUGUUCUGUCUACGACUCGGCGUCUGAUGUUUGGGGAAAUAUUUUCUCAACGAUGACGAUAACAGCAGGAGUGUCUAGGUUAAGAAGGCCCAGCACCCUUGUCGGGAAUGCACUUUGCUUGUUGAUUUCUGGAGGUGAUGUCCUUGUGUUUGAUUUCGAAAUGCAAAGUCUUGGUCUGAUCGAAAAGCCGGUAGAAAACCAUGGUACCGACGACUGGUAUUUUCAGCUCUUACGGAUGGAGAAUGAUGGACUAGGCCUUGCUAUUUUGUUGGACCUGACUAUCAAAUUAUGGGAGAGGAAAUCUAACUGCGAUGGUGUUUUCGAAUGGGUGCUGCUGCAGAAAACCAUUCCACUCGAGGGUAUGGUUCCAAGGAGAAUGGAUUCUGCACUUUUCGUCGGGUAUGAUGAGGAUGCAAAUGUGAUUGUUCUCACUACUAUAACCGGCAACUUCACACUCCAAGUUGACUCGAUGCAGAUCAAACAUAUUGUUAAAAGAAACAACAUAUGUCUUGACACCUUUUAUCCCUACAGGAAUUUCUAUACUGCAGGUAUUAAGAGUUAAAGUCGGGUUGCUGAGACACAACCAUGGCUAGUUGGUGUAGGGAAGUUCUUCUGUUUUGCUGAGAUGCAGCCAUGGCUUUGGUGUAGUGAAGUUCUUCUAUGUUGCUGAGACACAGAUCUGCCUAGUUGAUGCUCAAAUUGUCGUUGAUGCAUGCCUAGUUGGUGUAGUGAAGUUCUUCAAACUGUGUGUCUGUAGUUUCUUCUAUUAUGUAUGCCGUGGAACGGUGGCAUGUGAUGUGGUUGAUGCUGAGAUUGCUCUUCUAUGUAGUAUGUAGGUCAUUCUACUUGUAUGUACCUGACUUGUCGGAUUUAAUCGUGUGAAGUCUUGUAUAUUUUUAUCUGAGAUGAGCAGACGUUAGUCAA